AUGGCGUCUGCCAGUGAAAAGCUGCCUACAGGUAUGUUGUUCAUAGGGUUUCUGCUUAUUGAGUUGUGGUUUAGGCACGAAAUGCGUAGUCUGCGACGAUUUGGCAACCGGCAGGCAUUAUGAUGUCCCCAGUUGUAAUGGGUGUAAGACUUUCUUUCGGCGAGCGAUUGUUGUGAGUGGAUUUUACUUGUAGUACCCAUACUGUCAUCGAUUUUGUUGUUUUCUUUGAAUAAUUAAUUGCUUUAGAAUAACCGGACAUUUAAUUGCAUGGGUUCGGGCAAUUGCCCAGUAAACAAGGGAGUUCGGUGUGCUUGUCGGUAUUGCCGCUUUCAAAAAUGUCUUCAAGUGGGUAUGAAUAGGAAUGGUAAGUUGUUUAGAAAGUUGUCUUACCUACUUAUUUAGCUAUUCAAAACAAUCGGGAUAGGAUUGGAUAUACCAAACGAACGAGGCAGAAAGAUAAGAAGAAUGGGAAAACAACCCGGCCACCCUCUCCACGAUCAGAUGACUCUCCCAGUGAACUCGAUGAAGAUACUAUCGCCUUUGGUGCUGUCUCCUUCGAGUCUACUUUUGAGCCAUGCAGCUCUUCUAGGGCAUUUGUAGGUUUUUUAACCAAUUUAAAAUGACGUAUCGUUUUUCUUUAUCACUUUCAUAUUUAGAAUGACAGUGAGCCGAUGCUGGAGAGAUUAGUAAAUCUCGAAAAUAACUUCUCUCUUUUACUCAGCCGAGCUACCCUAUGUCCAUAUGGUUCGUUGGAUGAAGCUCUAGCCGCGCCGAGUGUAUUCAGCCAACCAAUCAAUGUUAAAUUGAGCGAUCCGAUAGCCGCUCCGUUGCCAGGCAAAGGCCAACAUAAGAUGCCGUUCUGGAGAUCCCGCAUAAUUACUUUGUAUAUCGACUGGGCCAAGACUUUUACCGCAUUUAGGAAGCUCCCCAUGUCAGACAAGGUAAUACUUGUUUGAACUUUUGCUUCGUCUGUUUACUUUAUCCACAAUCACUGUUUUCAUUGCAGAUCGCACUUAUCACCAACCAUGCCAGUUCUUAUAUGAUUAUGUGUGAAGCCUUCAGAACUCCGGAAAAGAUUAAUGAUGAAUUUGUGAAGUCGACUCAUUACUUUGGCGGGGUCUCUCCUUCGAGUGGAGCACUGUAUAAGUACGUUAUACUGCCGUUUAUAUUCAUGAUUCAUUUAGUUCUCCCGUCCAUUCCAAUGGGCCUCCAACCGGCUGCAGUGAUGGUUCAGACCCUAGUUCUGGAACUUCCGACAGUCGAGACCCGGUUCAUCAGAUCUUCGACCCUGAUCUCAUUUCGUCUGGCUCAGUUUGUGGUCCAUCUGGAGUCAGAAGUUUGGUCGAUGUCCCUCCAGAUGCCCACUAUCCGACUGUUGGCAGCCUUAGUGGUCUCGCCCCGGUCAUGUCGGUGAUGAUUGAUUAUGUAAUGAAACCAUUUCGGAAAUUGAAUAUAACUACUACCGAGUUCGCAACGCUUCAAGCCAUUAUGUUCUUUGAUCCAGGUAAAGUCCGGAUUUCAACACCUGACCCAAUGUAUUUUAGACACCGAAGGAUUGGAUUCAGCUAGUCAGAGAAACAUCGCGGCCGAGCAGAAAAAAUUUCUGGAGGCUUUGUACAAUCACAUAUCUAAGAAAUACGAUACAACGAGUGCUUCGGAGAGAUAUGCGAGUAUUAUACUGAGGAUUCCAACCAUACGAGUAAGUUUAUCUUGCCUUAAAUAGGAUUUAUGAGCAUGAACUACAUCAUCCUGUUCGCAGGAAAAUCGAAAACACUUUUUUCUUUUAAUUCUUGUAAGCCGAUUAAUUUACAGAAAGUGGCGGCCAAGAAAAACGAAUCUUUACAAAUCAUUGAUAUGUUUAACCUCUUUUCAUUGAAUUCGUUGGUGAAAGAAACAGCUCUCGGAAUCAGACAAUCCACGCCAGAAGGACGAUUCAGAGUAAAGGAGGAGGCCAUGGAGUCGAUCUAA